AUGAAUGCCGUGGCUGCUUCUACAGAUGGUGAUAUCGCUGUUGUUGCUGGUCGUGAAGUACUCAUGACAUUAAGAGUUAGGCAGGAUGAAGUACAGGAACGAUUAAAUCUAAGAGCUGGUGUAAGACUUAAUCAAAAUUUUAGCAGCAAUGAUGUUCAAUGGGCUGGUGCAUAUUCAAAAAGUGUGUUUGCUACAGCUGCAACAAACAGUGGUGUUAUUCUGUGGGAUCUUCGCAAAUCUUCAAAAGAAAAAUUGGAUCGAGUGAUUACAGAACACGCACGUGCAGUUAAUAGAAUUAGCUUUCAUCCUACUGAUCCUUUAUUGUUGACUGCUUCACAAGAUGGAAGUGUGAAAUUAUGGGAUCUACGAAUCAAGGGUGUGGCAAGGCAUACAUUCGAUGGUCGCGCAGAAAGUGUCCGGGAUGUGCAAUUCGUUCCUACUGGAGUAUUUGAAUUUGCUGCUGCAUUUGAAAAUGGAAGUGUCCAAAAAUGGGAUAUCCGAAACACAAGCCAAUACGAGCGUAAAUGGAACGCUCACAAUGGCUUGGCACUGACAAUCGAUUGGAGUUCAAAUGGCCGUUUUCUAGCUAGUGGAAGUAGAGAUCGUGUGAUAAAGGUGUGGGAUACUAAAUCUGAAAAUCGCAAAGCAAUACAUAACAUUCCAACAAGUGCUCCAGUAUCUCGGUUAAAAUGGAGACCUGGGUUUAGCACACAAUUGGCUUCAUGUGCUUUAUCUGCUGAUAAUCGAGUACAUAUUUGGGAUAUUUCUCGUUCCUUUGUACCUUUGGUAUCCAUUGAAGAACAUGCUAAUAUCACUACAGGAUUCCUUUGGAGCAAUCCGUACACCCUUUGGACUUGUUCAAAAGAUAAGAGGUUUUGUGUGCAGGAUAUUCAGCAUGGUUAUAAGCCCUCCACACUUCUUACUACUUCUGCGCAUGCUUGGAACGUGCAUGGAAACAUGGCAUUUGCUAUGGAUAUAUCUAACGAGUGCAAUGACAAUAUAGACGCUGACUGCAAUGAGCUUGCUCUAAAUGCAGAGGAACAUAUUCCCAAUAUAAGACAAGUAGAAGGGAUUAUGCUGCACAAUACGCUUGAACAUUCUGCAUUUGUUCAGCUGGCAAUCAUGUAUUCAAUGGUGAAUUCAAAUGUCUGGGAAUCAUGCGAACACAACGCCAAGCUGGCUGCACAACUAGGAUUUCCGCGUUCUGCACAAACCUGGAAACUCAUACAAAUAUUAUUUAAUCUAAGUAGUAUAUCAGAUGAUAUCAUGAAACCACAAAGUACUACACAGUCUUGCGAUACUCCCAAAUUACUUUUCAACAAUUUUACAUGCGGCGUAUCAAGCGCACCCUCCAGAUGCUACAAUGUCACGUCUUCUAAUGCCAAUACCGGUCAUUCUACACCAGAUCGAAAAGCAUGUAUUUCCAACACUACACCUUUGCCCAUAUCAUCCAAAGCGCCAAUCUCGAAUGCAAACUUUUACUCAGAGUCACUUUUGCUUAAUUGGGAACCAAGUAAUCUGGUGAAUGAUAUUAUUGAAUACUAUGCUGAUGUGGGAAACGUACAAAUGUGUGUGGCUGUCGUAUUGGUUCUUUGGGGUCACGUUGAAAUUGAUGCGAAUCGUGCAGAGGCUUGCUUUUGGGCUUACAUAGAUCUACUUCAACGGUAUCGUUUGUGGAACUUGGCUGUAGAAAUUAUUGGCGCAUGCCCAUUUUUAUCUUUAAGAAAGUUGAAUCAGGAAUCUACAGAGAUUCACACAUCAUGUCCCAGAUGCUUGAAACCCAUUCUACCAAGCUCAGCAAGUCCUGGAUGGUCAUGCGAAAAAUGCUGUAAACAAUUGGAUGGAUGUGUAAUCUGCCGACAACCUGUUCGAGGGCUUUUCACAUGGAAUCAACGAUGCAGUCAUGGUGGUCAUGCGCAUUGCCUUCAAGAAUGGUAUAGAUACAAUUCGGAAUGUCCGGCCGGAUGCGAUGGAUAA